AUGGAUUUCAACAGUUCCUCGCCCUUCCCGGAAGGGGUCAUUUCCUUUCUAGACACUGAUUUGUACAAGCUUACCAUGCAAUGCGCCGUCUACAAGUACUUCAAGGAUGUCCCUGUCACAUAUGCCUUUACAAAUCGCACACCCGAGAAGAGGCUUUCCCGGGCUGGCUACAAGUGGCUACAAGAGCAAAUUACAAAGCUUGGCAACAUUUCUCUAUCGGACGAAGAGUAUAGGUUCCUCGAGCAGCACUGCAAAUACCUCAGCGCCGACUACCUGGAAUUCCUCAAAGAGUUCAGGCUGCGACCGAGGGAGCAAGUGUCAAUCACUUUCGAGGCCAUUGGCACAGACACGGGCAGCGACCAAGAUCUUGGCGAUGUGCACGUCAGCAUCGCGGGCACAUGGUCGGACACCAUCCUGUACGAGAUUCCCCUGCUGGCGCUGACCUCGGAGGCCUAUUUCCGCUACAUGGACACGGACUGGGACUACGAAGGGCAGGAGGAGCGGGCCUUUCAAAAGGGUAUGCGGCUCUUCGAAACGGGCUGUUUGCUGUCCGAGUUUGGCACCCGCCGCCGCCGCGACUACCACACGCAGGCGCUCGUCUUCCGCGGCCUCGUCAAGGCCUCCAAGGAAGCGGCCACCAAGGGCUACCCCGGCCAGCUCGCCGGCACGAGCAACGUGCACCUGGCCAUGCGCUUCAAUAUCCCGCCCGUCGGCACCGUCGCGCACGAGUGGUUCAUGGGCACGGCGGCCAUCUUUGACGACUACAAGCACGCCACCGAGGAAGCCCUGCGCCACUGGGUCGGCUGCUUCGGGUCCGACCUCUCUAUUGCGCUGACGGACACCUUUGGCACGCCCGAGUUCCUCAACGCGUUUAGCCUCCCCGCGCGCACCACCGAGGGCGGCGUGCCCGAGGCGACGCUACGCAAGGAUGACGGGUCGGUCAAGACGUACGCGGAGCUGUUUACCGGCGUCCGACAGGACUCUGGCGACCCCAAGGAGUACGUCAAGCUCAUGCGCAGGUACUAUGACUCGCAAGGCAUCAAGGAAAAGGUCAUUGUCUUUUCGGAUUCGCUCGACGUGGACAAGUGCCUAGAAUAUAAAAAAGUGGCCGAGGAGCACGGCUUCCUGCCGCGAUUCGGCGUGGGCACGUUUUUGACAAACGACUUUACGCACCGCACGACGGGCACCAAGUCCCUGCCGCUCAACAUUGUCAUCAAGCUGAGCUCAGCCGCCGGGCGACCGGCUAUCAAAAUUAGUGAUAAUAUCGAGAAGAAUACCGGAGACAAGGAGCUGAUUCAAAAGGUCAAGGAGCAGAUUGCGUACAUCGAAAAUAAGUGGGAGGAGGGUAGAGAGGACGCCAGAUGGGGCAAAGAAGAAGCCAGCAAAUAG